AUGAGGUCCGCUGUCAUCCUAGCUCUCGCGAGCACCUCUAUUGCUCUGCCCUUUGGCAAUGGCGCCAAUUCCCUGUUUGACGGCAAGGAAGAACGACAAGCUCCUCCACAAGGAGGCAUGCCUGGCCUCCCAGGCGGUGGUGGCCAGGGCGGAGGCAUGGGCUUCCCAAAGCCUUCAGGAACUGGCCCAAUGCCGCCUCUUUCCACUGGUGGCAUGCCUGGUGGGUUCCCCCUUCCGUCCUCAAACGAAGAAAAUGGUGCUAAGGAGCGUGUGAGUGUAUGUGUAUAUGUGAACAAGAAGAAGAGUAAUAUAUGA